AUGAUUGUCGUGGAGGGUUUGACUUUACAGCAAGUUCUAUUCGAGGCAUGGAUAUUUGACAUUACCCCAGCAGCUUGUUUUCUUCUGUUGUUACCCAUUCGCCUAUUCCAGCUAUCCAGAGAGACUGUGAAAGUAAAGUCCUCAUCGACUCAUCUGGCGACGCUGGCGAUCGCGACAGUAUUGGCAGGCAUCCAAUUCCCUCUGCUUGUCUUUAAUGCAACACAGCACUACCACGCACAACAUGUGUCAGUGGCGGGUGUUACCCUCGGCCUUAUAGUGGCGGUUUCCAUUAUUGUUCUGCUUCAUUUGGAGCACAGCCGGGCUGUUCGUCCCUCGUUCCUUGUCUCUGCAUAUCUGUUUAUUACAGUGCUUCUAGACAUUGCGCGAGUGCGGACCGCCUGGCUGUUACCAUAUGGUAGAGCAUAUCCAGCCUGCCUCACUGCGUCUCUGGUUAUCAAGUUGAUCCUCCUGGUGCUGGCGAAUGUUGAAAAGCGCAAAUUGUUGUUGCCGGCCGAAAAGACUCAGUCUAUCGAGAGUACCAGUGGCCUCUUUAAUCGGGGCUUGUUUGCCUGGCUCAAUGAAUUGUUGAGAAAAGGACAUACCUUCCUGCUCACUGGUGAUACGCUACCUAACAUCCACGAGAAAUUGUCAUCUAGUGAUUUGUCUGACCGAUUUUCAAAGUCAUGGGCGCUGUCUGAUCAGAGUCGUCAACAUGCAUUACUGCUGGCUAUAGUUAAUUGCCUUCGCUGGGAUAUUGCUGCUAUUGCUCUCCCUCGACUCGCCCUGAUUGGAUUUAGCAUAGCGCAGCCAUUUCUAGUUGGCAAAACUGUCACAUUCCUCGAACAGACUGAUUCUUCGGUGAAUAUUGGCUAUGGAUUAAUAGGAGCCACCGCAAUCGUCUUUAUCGGGGUUGCUGUCACUACGGCGUCUUAUCAGCACCUAGGAUUCCGUGCUACGACCAUGGUCCGCGGUGGCCUUAUGGCUCUUGUCUAUCAGCACAUGAUGGAUCUGCCAUUAGGGAGCACCGAUGAGUCCAGUGCCAUGUCACUUAUGGGGGCUGAUGUUGAAAUGCUUGCGGAGUACUUCCAUUCUACAGUGUGCGAAUCCUGGGCUAGUAUCAUACAGCUGGGACUUGCCGCUUGGAUCCUCCAGACGCAGAUCGGUGUUGUCUGUAUCACACCCAUUUUAAUUGUAACAGCUUUUACCGCCGCUUCCUUUACAAUGGGUAAUGCUGUGUCCAUUCGGCAGAAGACAUGGCUACAAGCUACAGAGAAGCGCAUCAAUUUCACCAGCCACGUCCUUGGCUCAAUAAAAAAUGUCAAGUUUCUAGGACUAACAGAGAUGAUAAAGAAAUCCAUUGAAGGCUUGAGGAUUGACGAGCUUGAGAUAUCUAAGAAGUUCCGCCGAAUCCAAACUGUCCGUGUCUGCAUGAUAAACCUUCCAACAGUUAUUGCACAGUUUGCCACCUUCGCGACCUAUGCUGUGGUUGCAAAGGUGCAAGGGUCUGAUGGUCUUUCUGUCUCGCAAGCUACUACGGCCCUUUCACUGAUAAAUCUGCUGAUCACCCCUCUCAUUCAUCUACUGUUAGCAAUCCCAGACACAUUCGCCUCAAUAGGAUGUUUGUAUCGAGUCCAGGACUUCUUAAGACGUCCAAGUAUUGUUGAAAGAAGAAAAUUACACGAACCGGAAGGAGAUACUCCUGCAUCUACUACUGAAUCACCUACCAAUUCAUCCGAGGUCGAACUUUCCAACUAUUCUCGGCUCGGGGCUAGGGGAAUUUCCUCGUCAGAGAACGAGUCCGAUGUCUUGAUCUCCCUGCAAAAUGCCCGGUUUGGCUGGAAUAACUCUCCAUCAGAUAGUGCUGGUGUCACACUCAACCUGAGCCCCUCGCCCUUGGGUACUCUAGUUGCGAUUGUCGGUCCCGUGGGAAGCGGAAAGUCAACGUUCCUCAAAGGUCUCGCAAAUGAGACGUCCGUUCUUGAUGGCGAAGCUUUCAUAAAGUACCCAGAUCUGGCAUUUUGUGAGCAAGCUCCGUGGCUAACCAAUACGACAAUCCGGGAAAACAUCAUUGGGGAGAAUAAAUCCGCUGCAUUUGACGCUGAUUGGUACUCGACCGUGGUGAGCGCAUGUGCGCUGGAUUCUGAUCUCAAGAAAAUGCCAGCGGGCGAUGAAACGCCAGUGGGUAGCAAAGGCUCUAAACUUAGUGGAGGGCAAAAGCAAAGAAUUGCCAUAGCGCGAGCUGUCUAUGCACGCAAGCGGAUUGCAUGCUUCGAUGAUACCUUGAGUGCUCUUGAUAAUUCAACCUCACGACUGGUGUUUAAUAAUGUCUUUGGCCUGUCUGGACUGUUACGUCGACUUGGCUGUACUGUGUUCCUCGCGACUCAUAAUGUUCAAUACCUACCCCAGGCUGACUUUAUUAUUGUACUCGGAGAGGAUGGUAAUAUUCUGGAGCAGGGCAGCUUCUCUCAGCUUCGCAGUCACGCCGGAGGAUAUGUACACCGGUUGGGGAUCCAACUAGGACAGACCGAGAAAGAAGAAUUGCAUGAUCUCAAUACAAUUGAGCCACCGGAGACUCUUGAAGUCAUAACAAGCCGCAUGUCCACACCGGCUUCUACCGAUGAAAGCCGACAGACGACUGAUAUUGCUGUUUACAAGUACUAUUUCUCCGCGAUGGGCUGGUUCCGCGUCAGUGUGCUGGUUUUCUUACUGGCGGUUAAUGGUGGCAUUGGUGGACUGCGCAGUGCUUGGAUUGAGAUGUGGUCCUCUAGCACUGACAGCGCUUCAAGCUCGGGAUUGGGUUACUGGCUUGGAAUUUAUGGGGCAUUGUCCUUUAUCGAAGCUGCUUCAAUGGCUUUUUCGGUAUAUUGGACCUGGGUUGUCAUUGUGCCGGCCGCGUCGAAAAAUGUCCAUGCUACGGUAUUGGAAACUUGCAUGAGUGCUCCUUUAUCCUUCCUAUCUCACGUAGAUACGGGCUCUCUCAUCACGCGUUUCAGCCAAGACAUGAGACUAGUGGAUAUGAUUCUACCUCGAGGUUUUAUCUCCACAGGAUUCCAAAUUGUUGGGGUGCUUGCACAAGCCGCGGUUGCUAUAGCUGCAUUGCCCUAUAUGGCUUUAGCCCUACCAUUCCUAGUUGGGAUGUUAGUGCUAGUCCAGCGCUUUUACCUGCGCACAUCUCGCCAGUUACGUCUUCUUGAGAUUGAGCUCAAAAGCCCCCUUUACACCCAUUUCAUUGAAUCUCUUGCCGGCAUCGUUACCAUCCGUGCUUUUUCAUGGACUACCGCUUCUACGUCCAAAAUGCUGCACUUACUCGAUAGGUCCCAAAGGCCCUUCUAUCUCCUGCUGUGUAUUCAGCAAUGGCUCGGCUUGGUACUAAAGCUCAUGGUGACCGGCAUGACGGUCGUUCUUAUCGGGACUGCUGUAGCUCUACGCGGAAAAGUGAGUCCCGGUCUAUUGGGUAUUGCGCUGAUUGGGAUGAUGGAUCUGGGAGAAUCGCUCUCAGAACUGAUUCAGAACUGGACCCUCCUGGAAACCUCUUUGGGUGCGAUUGCCAGGAUAAAGGAGUUCUCGGAAGAUACCCCAAGUGAGGAACAAGAUGCAGCCUAUGAGCAGCUGCCAGACACAGAAUGGCCAAGUAAGGGUGAUAUCUCAUUCGCUGCCGCAGACAUUGCGUAUGAGUCUGAGAACGCAGAGCCCGUGUUGCACAGUAUUCUUUUGGAAAUUCGUGACGGGGAGAAAGUUGGGCUGUGUGGUAGGACGGGAAGUGGCAAGAGCACCCUUGCUCUAUCACUACUCCGUCUUAACGAAGUGGUUUCUGGCCAGAUCUUUAUUGACGGAGUAGAUAUAUCGACAGUUCCUCGGGCAUUGAUUCGGCAACGGAUUAGCUCUCUCAGUCAAGAAGCCUUCCUUUUCCCAGGUACUAUUCGGCAAAACGUCGAUCCUUUAGGUGUCGCCAGCGAUGAUGAUAUCAUUGAAGCUCUCAAAUGUGUCGAAAUUUGGAAAGCUCUUGUGUCUGCGACGAACAGCGACACCGACAGCGGAGUGUUGUUAGAUGCAAUACUGACCGACACAAGUUUGUCCGAAGGUCAAAAACAGCUAUUUUGCCUAGCAAGGGCGCUUCUCAAGAGAAGUAAUAUCCUGAUACUAGAUGAGCCGACAAGCAGCUUGGAUGCAGAGACGGAUGCCAAGGUCCAGAAGGUCAUUCGCCAGGAGUUCCAGAACUGCACUAUCAUUAUGGUUGCGCAUAGAGUGCAUACGAUGCUCGAUUUUGAUCGAGUUGUUGUGCUGGAUAGUGGUCGGAUCAUAGAAGAGGGACAUCCCUCGGAAUUGCUGGCGAACAAAGGCGUGUUCUCAAGCCUGCAUCAUCUAGAGCAGUCAACAGGACGUGAAUAG